CACCCAAGUGAAUAACCAGGCAAACAAACAAGGGGACGGUAAAAAGGCCGUAAAGAGGAAAGGACACGACGAAAUGGAUUGUCUGUGGAACGAAGCAAUGGAUCGAAAGGACUAUCGGCAUGAGGAAGGAAAGUCGAAAAGUAUGAUAAGGCAAAUUGAAGAGUAUGUGGAUAAAAGUAUCAAGAGUGGUGAUCAAAACAAUGCAGUUUGCACAGAUGCAAAGAGCGAAAUCAUAAUAAAAGUGAAUAAAAGCAAAGAGAUAGAUAAAGAAGUUAAUGAGAGUAGUGAUGACGUGUGUCAAACAAACGAUGACGAAAAGAAGGGCUUACCCUUGUUGAGAGACAAGCUGGCUCCAAAGAUCGAAUCUAAAAAUAAAAUGCUCGACGAUAAAACUACGGAAGAUGGAUAUAGGUUGUUCAACAUAAAUGCAUAUGAAGAAUUACUUACCGAUUUAAGUAGAUCCGCAAAAUUAAGACAGAACAAUGCAAAUAGAUAUGCAUUGUAUACAAAUCACUUCGGCAAUGGCAAUUUGAACGAACAAUAUGGUGUUGGGUGGCGUAUGAAUAAGGAACACAACCAUGGUGACUAUGUUGUAAAGCAAAGACAUGGCAACGAUAAGGUGGUGUGUCUUUUGAACGAUGCUAAGAAUUUAGCCAUUGGAUUAAACAUCGGUGGAACUAUCGAAGCUGCAUAUACAAGGUGGAGGCUGAAAAUCGAAUCAUUUAAGGCCCAAAAUAAUAUAAGCGAACAUAAGAAUCAAAAGGAUAAGAUGACAUCGUGUAAUGUGUUAAAUCAGGGUGCAAAGGUUAAUCGGAAAUGUGAGAAAUGGUUGGAAAAAGCUGGCGAAUUCCGGAUGAUCAUGUGCAAAGAAAAAGGAGUAGAACUUACCAAAGAAACGGUUGGAACAAUCGCGGAAAGUAGUAAAGUCGAUGAACGAUUUGAUCCAGGAGGACAUGGUCUUGAUGGAACGAAUGAUGAGCUAAAGGAAGAUAAACAAGGAAUGUUAGUUGGUGACAAUAACCAUAACGAUAAAAGAAGUAAAUGGCAUCUGAAAUAUAAUAUAGGCAAACAUGAAGAGAAGACGGCAUUCAGAAUUCAGAUGACAAAAAUCGCCAUAAUAAUAAUAUCAACACGUGGUCUUGUCAAUUUGAUCUUCGAUCCUGGUGGAAACCUGAGAAUUGAAUUGAGUUGGAUUAGUAUAAUGAAAAACAGAAAGAAAUUUUAUUUUUAUCAGUACAUACGAAGAUCCCAGUUCACCAAUAUGAUCAACCAAUAUGCUUCGACUUUAUCGAACUUGGCUCAAUUCGUCUCCGAUCCUGAAGGAAACUUGAGAAUUUGA